UCCUUUUUAAAUGGCCCAGGCCUCCGGUGGGCUGUCUCUUAUCGCUGCUUCGUGCCAGACUGGGGUGUGUGUGCUCUGCUCUUAGCAUAGCAAUUGAUUUUGCUCGCUCAUCAUGACUCUUGCACUUCCGAAUGAUAUACUCCUCCUGAUUGGGGAGUUUGUGGAAGAUCGCCGGGACCGCUACAAUCUCCUCUUUGUGUCUCGUCAAUUCCAUGAGUUGUUUCGACGCUUGCUUUAUCGAGAUGCUAGCCUGAAGAGCUGCGCUCAACUACGUUCUUUUCUAGGGGCGCUGCUCCGUCGUCCCGAGCUGGCUCGGGCUGUUCGCUCAUUGGACUUUCAUGAAUGGCAGUCCCGAACGACGUGCUCUUCUACUCUGUUUCCCGAUACUGAUUUAACACCCUUCACGAAUUUGACGGGAGGUUUCAGCCAUUCCGAAGAAGAACAAGAACGAUGGUCUCAGGAUCUCUCGAACGGAGUCGAGGAAGCCUGGAUUGCGCUUCUUCUGCCCCUGGUGGGUAACCUCAGACACCUUCAACUGGUCUAUCCGAAGAAUAACAUCUACUUGGAUCGCUUGGUCCAGAGAGCUGUGAAGGGAGGGAGGCCAUUCCACACUCAACCCGCCUUCCGUAUGCUGCGACAUGUCUCUUUAAGCCAUCUGCCCGAUGACGAGGAUAGCCGCGGGAGCUUUACACCCUCGCAAGUCCUCCCAUUCUUUCAACUCCCAUCGAUGCGGACGUUUACCGCCGACUCCGUUGUUGAAACUGCGCAGGCAGAAGAAAGCGAGUCGGAGACUGCAGACUCUGAGUAUGAAACUGUAGUCGGCUCCUCAUCUAUCUCAGAGAUCACUCUCCGCACGAGCAGUGGUUCCAAGGGCAUGGAGAGCCUGGUCGCCUCCUGCUCUUCUCUGAAGUCGUUCAAGUACCAGCACUCUGACUCACAUCUUCUGUCCGAGGGCUACCGACCUUCCUCUUUCCACCGGUCGCUGGAUACGAGCAAACAUUGUUUGCAAAGUCUGUGGCUUGACAAUGGAGGCACCCAUCUGCCCUUCACCGUCGUCGGGGCAAACGAGACACAUGACGAAUGGUUUGGUCCUUUGACCGAGUACACCUCGCUCAAGGAACUCCGCAUCCGCCUGCCCAAUCUGCUCGACAUCCGCUACCAGCUGGACCCAUCAUGUCCACUUACCGAUAUCCUCCCGCCGUCUCUGGAAGCCUUGCAUGUGGAAGGAUGUAAGGAGAAUUCGCUGACCAUGCUGGUGGGACAGCUUAAGUCGGUCCUCCAGAAACGCAAGACCCAAUUCACUAGCCUGAAGCGACUCGAUAUCGAGGGAUUUUUCCACGAUGAGGAGGACGAAGAGGCGUCUGGCUACGAGGCGUCCGACUCCAUGAGCGAGCGAUUCAUCCGCCCACGGGUUUAUGAGUUGACUGAGCCGCUACGCGAGGCUUGCGUCGACGUCGGAAUCGACCUGUACCUUCGCGACCGCGACUGCUUGGAGACGAUGCGAGAAUGUUAGUGAUGACGUCACCACCUGUUGAUAUGCGACCGAUACACCAUUAGAUUGCAUUGUUUCGAUGAAUACCCUAUAGAUGUUGCUUUGGAUUUUUUUUGCUUUUCGGGUUUACUUUCUGACAGUUGAAUUGAGCUUGGAUUUCUUUUAGCGCUGUUUUCGAAGCUUGUCAAAGUCAUAAUGUGAUAGCUUGGUGCAAUGAAAGAACGCUUAGAUGGUCAAACCGAGCCUUG